AUGAUUUACCUAAAUUUGCCCAGGCAUCAAGCAGUAGUCGUUUCAAUAAUUGUUGCUUAUUUUUCAAGUUCUUCAAAUGACCGAUUUUUAUUUUCGGAUUCUGCAGAUAUAUGCCGCGUUUGUCGAAGUGCUGGAGAUACAGUUUUAUAUUAUCCUUGUCUGUGUACUGGUAGCAUAAAGUACGUUCAUCAAGAUUGUCUUUUGGAAUGGCUGAAAUAUAGCAAAAAGGAAGUGUGUGAAUUGUGUAGUCAUAAAUAUUCUUUUCAACCGAUUUACCGAUCGGAUAUGCCUAAAAAUUUGCCUUUGAUGGAAGUUGUUAAAGGUAUAUUAUGGAAUUUGUGCCGAUUAGUACGUUCAUGGGCAGUUUACACACUGGUAAUUAUAGCGUGGUUAGGCAUUGUACCGAUCACUGCUUGUCGUAUUUAUCGUUUAAUUUUUUCUUCAUCACUGUCUAAUAUUUUGUCUUUACCUUUGCAGUUAUUUUCUCUGGAGAAUAUGAUUGUGGAUUGCGUUAAAGGCUUAUUCAUUGUAAGCGUGUUUUUGUGCGCUUUCAUUUCACUGGUGUGGCUUAGAGAACAGAUUUUACAUGGCGGUCCUCAAGAAUGGCUAAAUUUAGAAAUAGUCAGUGGUAGAAAUGGAAAUCCAUUCUAUAGGAUAGUUUUUUAUCCUUUUUUCGAAAAUUUUUUUAGAGGGUCAUUUGAAGAGCUCCGAGCAGCUGUGGAAAAUGCUAGAGAUUUUGGUGAUGGAGAAGCUAAUGUAGAUAUAAAUGUUGCUGAUGAAGAGGCAGCGGCUCAAAAUGGGGAAGAAAACGAGAACUGGCGAGAAUGGGAACGUGUUGCUGAUGAGUUGACUUGGCAGCGCUUACUGGGUCUUGAUGGAUCACUUCUUUUUUUGGAGCAUGUAUUUUGGGUGAUUUCCCUCAAUACAAUAUUCACUAUCCUUUUCGCGUUUUCACCAUAUCAACUUGGAUAUUCUCUUCUUAAAGGAAUUGGUCUUGCUUCUCGAAUUCAUUAUUUCUCAACAUUAAUAUCAAUUCUGCUUGGUUAUAUUAUUCUUAGCUUUUUUGUAAUCCUGAAAAAUUGCAGAUUAUAUCGGAUACUUGGUAUUUGUUAUCUCGCGUUGAAAGUGUUUUUACUUGUGUUAACAGAAAUUGGCUUCUUUCCAAUAUUAUGUGGUUGGUGGCUAGAUAUUUGUUCUCUUCCUCUUUUUGCUUCGACUUUAUCACGUCGUAUAGCUUCUUUUACUGCGUCACCAACCUCUUCACUAUUUUUACAUUGGCUUAUUGGAAUGGUCUAUGUGUUUUAUUCGGCAUCUUUUAUUCUUAUUCUUCGCGAAGUUCUUCGUCCUGGAGUGCUUUGGUUUCUUCGUAAUCUAAAUGAUCCGGAAUUCAAUCCUAUUCAAGAAAUGAUCGAAUUACCUGUAUUGCGACAUUUACGACGUCUGAUCGCGUCAACAUCUCUUUUUUUCAUGACAAUAAUCCUUAUUGUUUAUCUUCCAUUGAAUUUCAUUGCUCGAUAUAUACCUGAAAUUCUACCCUUUAAUUUGAAUCUAUCAGCAGAAACACCACUCAGUGAAUUGUCUCUUGAACUGCUUAUGUUACAAGUAGUACUUCCUACUUUGCUGGAACAAACACAUGCACGCACAAUUUUGAAAAUGAUUGUGCGUAUAUGGUGCCGGUUUUUUGGAAGACUUCUAAACCUUGAGCAAUAUUUGCUUCCUGUGGAUGAACAGCAAGCUCCAUAUAAUGCAGAAGUUCCGCCAGAACCUGUAGGAAUGGGCCUAGCUGCACAGCACCAAGCAUUAUUGCUUUUUCGCGAACCACAAGGUUUUCAAACGUAUUCAAAACCACCUUAUUUUCCGCUACGAAUAAUUGCUCUUUUAAUGGCAUUGUCAUUCACUUCUAUGCUGAUAAGUGUUAUUCUUCUUACUCUGCCUGUUUCCUUGGGGCGCUUAAUCAUUUGUAAUCUGUCUGGACAUACGAAUGUUCAUGAGUUAUAUACGAUAGCAGUAGGUCUUUAUUUUUGCUGGCUUAUACUCAAAUUAUGUCUUCUGCUGGCAGAAUAUGCACCGCGAGGAUCACGAUAUCUUCUAUCUGCAUUUCGCAAUACUGUAUUCACUCUUUUUAAAAUAUUCGUUGUGACAGUGCCCAUUCUAAUCAUUAUUCCUUUGUUAACUGGAAUUUGCUUCUAUUUGGCAGUUAUUAGUCCAAUUCGCUUGGCGCAUCAUCAGACGCCUUUAAUAUUUUCUUGGCAGCAUUGGGCAAUGGGUGUACUUCAUUGCAAAAUAUUUUGUGCUGGUAUUAUGAUGGGACCAGAUUGGUGGAUGAGGAAUGUUUUAGAACAGAUUUACGCUGAUGGAUUCCGUGGUGUUCGAGUCGUAUUUUUAUACAGAGAACUAGUAGCACCCAUCUUUGCUUGCCUCGCUAUUUUUUUAACUGCUCCACGUGUUGCUGUUAAUUUCAUAUCGCUCGCAAUAAAUAUAUCUGCUUCGGAAAGUAUGCUGUUUUUGCGCUACUCAUAUCCUGUGAUGCUGUAUUGCAUAACUUGUAUUUAUUUUAUAUACUGGCAGUGCUCGAAAUUGAAAGCUCUUGCGCAGAAAAUUCGAAACGAUAAGUACCUGGUUGGUACUCAGUUGGUAAAUUAUGAAGGGAAGAAAACUGAUGGAUGA